UAUAAUUUUCUCAAUUUCUUUAAAAAAUGCAUUGUUAACAUACAUGAAGGUCCAUAUAAAAUGGUCAACACCAAAGUUCCUGCACUCAGCAACUUUGAUUUCAGCGUCGUGUUGACUUUGGCAUCAAUGGCAGCGUGGAUUUCUUGGGCAAUGUAGCAGUUAGCAAACCAAGUGGCUAUUUAAUAUGAUGCUUUGCAUACCCUAUGAUCAUAAUUAACGCUUCAUUGCCUUUGCACUCUUCUCAUGUGAUGUGUGUAACAAAGCUCCUUUACUAGAUACUACUUUCGUGGUAGCUUCACGGAAAAAUUGAAAUUUCAUUCUUUCCAGAUUUGAGAUCCAUUUUAAAAACUUGGGUCCUCUCCCCCAUUGUCCUACCACCUGCUCCACAUUAGUGAAAUUCUUUAUUCUCAUAAUUUCCCAUCAAAAAUCUUUUCUCACAAUCAUUAUACUAUGACAAGUAACUUUUCUGAUUUAAAGCAUUUCUCUUCAAAUUAUUAGAUUCUGUACAACUAGAAAGAAAUUAAAAACUAAAAAUAAAAAAAAUACAAAGCCAGGACCAAGGAUUCUGUUUUUUGUAUAGCCAUUCAGUGAGGCUCAUAGUUUCAUAUCAUAUUAUGAGCAAUUUAACCAUGUCAAUUCCUUUGCUUCAAUCCUGCACUCUGCAGUGAGUAGAGUAUGCUGUGACUAUCCAAUCUCUAAGUAUUUUAGCCUAAAACUAUGAAGAUAUUGUGGGUUUCCUUCUAUUACUUGUUGCUUGUUCUGCUUACUCCUCCUUCAAUUGCACAGCUAUCAUCAAGUGAAAAUAGAAUUCUUUUCCAAGUUCAGAAGCUUCUUGAAUAUCCUCAAGUUCUUCAAGGAUGGACAAGAUGGACCAAUUUGUGCUUCCUCCCUCCUUCACCUUCACUCAAGAUAGUUUGUUCAAAUGGUCAUGUGACAGAACUAACUAUCAUUGGAAAGAAGAGUUCCCCAUCUUCACACAUCACCAAAGCAGCUUCUUGGAAUUCCCUUUCAGGAAGCUUUUCCAUUGAUUCUUUCUUCACUGUGAUGACAAAGCUUUCAAAUUUGAAGGUGUUGUCAUUGGUGUCCUUGGGUUUGUGGGGUCCUUUACCACCCAAGAUCAACAGGUUCUGGUCUCUUGAAGUGCUGAACAUUAGCUCAAAUUUCAUUUAUGGGGAAAUCCCAUCAUCAAUAUCCUCUAUGAAGAAUCUGAGGAGUUUGGUUUUGGCUGAUAAUCUCUUCAAUGCAAGUGUUCCUGAUCUUCAAAGUCUAACUUCUCUUGAAGAGCUCAACUUGGGAGGCAACAAACUUGGUCCUGAUUUCCCUUCAGUGGGAAAUAAUGUUGUGAGUAUUAUUUUGAGAAAUAACACACUGAGAUCUCAUAUUCCUCCUCAAGUAAUGCACUUAGAUAAACUUGAGAUAUUUGACAUCUCUUCCAAUGAAAUUUUUGGAAACAUCCCAUCCUCUCUUAUCUCUUUGCCUUCCCUUCAGUACCUAAAUUUGGCUUCAAACCAACUAGGUGGUAACCUCUCUGUGAAUAUAACCUGUAGUUCUUCACUAACAUUUGUGGAUAUCUCACACAACCUUCUGGUAGGAAAAUUGCCAUCUUGCUUUGGUUCAAUGUCUUCAAAGGCCGCAGUACUGUAUUCUGGGAAUUGUUUAUCAACCAAAAGUUUGAAUAAUCAACAACAUCCAUCUUCUUAUUGUAAGAAAGAAGGGGCUUUAGCUGUUAAGCCUCCAGCAAAAAUGCUGAAGAAGGAAUCAAGUGUGCAACUAGGCCUAAUACUUGGUAUAAUUGGAGGAGUUGUAGUAUUUGCAGGUGUUCUGGCUUUACUCAUUGCGUUCAUCUUGUGGAAGUCCAAAGCAGAAAGAUCACAAUCACAUCAUAAAAUAGAAAAAUCUUUAGCUGAUAAAUUUUCUGCCCGUGCAUCUCCUACACCAAAUUAUGGUACAAGACGUAUUCCUCAGACAAUGAAGCAAGCUGCACUUGGACUGCCACCAUACCGUAUUUUCACAUCAGAGGAAAUUGAAGAUGCAACAAACAACUUUGACCCAUCAAAUCUAAUAGAAGAAGGGUCACAAGGACAGCUGUAUAAAGGUUGGCUCAGAGAUGGUUCAAUGGUCCUGGUUAACUGUGUAAAAAUAAAGCAGAAGAACUUGCCCCACAGCAUUAUGCAGUACAUAGAGGUAUUACCCAAUUUGAGGCAUAGGCAUAUGGUGAGUGUUCUGGGACACUCUAUCAUUACUCAACAGGACCCUCCCCAAACAACAAGCACAGUCUACAUUGUAUUUGAAUACAUCUCAACUGUGUCAUUGAGGGAUCAACUUACAGAUGGGAGAAAGAGAGAAAUGGUGAAAUGGCCACAAAGAAUGGCAAUCAGCAUAGGCAUUGCAAGAGGAGUCCAGUUCUUACACACUGGAGUUGCACCUGGCAUAUUUGGCAACAAUCUAAAGAUUGAGAACAUUCUGUUGGAUGAUAGUCUCAAUGCAAAAGUCAGCAGAUACAAAAUUUCAUUGCAAUCCAAGGGUGCACAUAAUGAACAAACUGCCACCAAUAAUAGUGGGAGCACAAAUAAUGCAGAAAAAGAAGAUAUAUAUCAGCUAGGAGUUAUUCUACUUGAAGUCAUCACUGGCAAACAAAUUGCAUCCUCCAGUGAAAUAGAGGAGCUGAAGGACGAGCUGGAAAGAGGUUCAUCAGAACUAGCAUCAGUGCUAAGAAGUGCAAUUGAUCCUUCACUGCGGGGAACAUAUGCAUAUGAAUCAAUGAGAACUGCAGUUCAGAUUACCAUUAACUGUCUCUCCAAGGUUUCUAGCCAGCGCCCUUCUAUAGAGGAUGUUCUCUGGAAUUUACAGUACUCAAUGCAAGUUCAAGAGUCAUGGACCAGCAGUGGAAACCUCAGCACAAAAUUGUAAACCACCCGUCAUGAAAAAUCUUUCUUUGCAUUUCAUAAGUUCAUUAUCAUAAUGAAUAAAUGUUUAUGUAAAUAUGUAAUUUCUUCAAUAAGGUCAACAAAACACACUUUGGCCACCAAUUUUUUUUUUCAUAUUAUUAUG